AUGCAAAUGCAUAGAGAAAUAAGAAUGGGGUUAUUCUGGCUGUUCGAGGGACUUUUGAAAUUUCUGUCCAUGGCUUCUACUCCUGGCAGUGCUAUACAGUCUGUAUGUGUUCCUGAUAACGUGACUGGGAGUAAUGUCGUCCAUUGGAGAAUACAUCGGCGACAACUUGUCAAUCCGUCGGUUUCUGUUUGCGAGCUUCUUGGUGAUAUGUCCAGUAAGAUAGACAUUAAAGCCCCGGGUUAUGGAUGGGUAACAAAGAUAAAAGAUGAAGGUGCCAAAGUUACCGCUGGUUGUGUUCUCUUUAACUUCCUUCCAUGCACACAUCAUGUUGUAAUGAAGGAUUUGUGUGCUGAAUGUGGAGCCAAUUUGCGCAGGGAAGGAGGGACUUCAGGUGAGAGGAUUACUGAUGCAAGUGCUAGCAUACCUAUGGUACACACGAUACCGGAACUUCAUGUCAGCGAAACAGUUGCAGAUGAAAUAGCUUUACAAGACCAGCAAAGUUUAUUAGCUGCUCGAAAACUUGUCUUGCUCGUCGAUUUAGAUCAGACCAUAAUUCACACAACAAACGAUCCGCAGGCCUUCCAAUAUGGGAAUGUUCAUCGUUAUUGCUUGCCAGGAUCACCACUUGUUUAUCAUACUCGAUUAAGACCUCAUUUAGAAGAUGUGUUAGAUCGCCUCAGUUACUAUUAUCAAAUGCAUAUUUGUACAUUUGGCAAUCGUGUAUAUGCUCAUCAACUUGCCUCACUGAUAGAUCCAAAGCGUAAAUACUUUUCACAACGUAUACUUUCACGGGAUGAAUGCUUUAAUCCAGUAACAAAAUCAGCAAAUUUAAAGGCUUUAUUUCCUCGUGGUCUGAAUUUAGUUUGUAUCAUUGAUGAUCGUGGUGAAGUUUGGGAUUGGUCUCCGAAUUUGGUCCAUGUCAAGCCGUAUCGUUUUUUCCCCGAUAUUGGAGAUAUCAACGCUUUCCCAUGGUUAUCAAUGCAGUCACAACUUGCAUGUCAACCAUCCACAUCGGCAUCCCCCUUGCCCAAAUCAAAAACGCAAACACUUUCUGAUACCCAGUUAAACCAGGAGAAAGUCGAUGUGAAUGAAAAUGCUUUAUCAGAUGAUAUAAAUGAAACUGUUACAAACAGCGAUGAUUUCAUUAAUGACAACACCACACUUAUUACAGCUACCUCGUUUACUAUCACAAAAAGUGAAAUGGAGAGUGAUAGUAGAGAUGGUAAUCCAGUUCCCUCUGAAAAACAAGAUAUUGACUCUUGUAAGUUAGACGCCUGUCUUGAUGAAGAGUGUUCAUCAUCAAUUUCUCUUACACCUUUUCUUAGUAAUGAGGACAAAACUGACAACAAUACCACAACAGCUGUUUUGACAAAUGUCAAUACUCCUUUAGACAGUAAUAACGAUAAUACAGAAAAUCCAAAUGAAAAUGUUAUAAUUUCAUCUAAAAAGACAAUGGAAGAAGAAAUGGAUGCACUAGAUGAUGAUUAUUUAUUACGUUUACAAGAAAUCCUGUUAAGGAUUCAUAGAAAUUAUUUUAAAACUUAUGAUCUUUAUCAACAACGUAACAGAAAAAAGUCUAUCAACAAACCUGUUGAUGAUAAGAGAAAGCACAGUGAAUAUUCGGCAGACCCAUUAUCAUCAUCAUCAUCGUCAUCACCUGUCAUGGACAAUUUGUCCAAAUCAUCUUCAACUAGAAAUACAGAUGUAUCUAUUUCGUGUAAUAAUUUACCGCAUGUUUCUGAUAUUAUCGCAAAGUUAAGAAAAACUGUUCUCGGUCCAACGUGUCAUGUAACAUUGUCUGGUCUGUCACCUGCUCAUUUUCCUGCUGAUCAAUGUUUAGCUGGUCGAAUUGUGCGUAGUUUAGGUGGUAUAUUACACGCAGGUUUAAGACUGCCGUCUAGCAAGCAAGUUAACAAUGACAACAACAACAGCAAUAAUAAUAAUAAUAAUAAAAAUGAUAAGGAUACAAAGUCAUCUGCACCUGUCGAUGUUACCCAAUUGAAAUCAGAUAGUGCUGUUCGUAGAGUUGGACAUCAUACUACACAUUUGAUUGCCUGUCGUCGUGGCACAGAAAAAGUUCAUGCAGCAUUAAAAUAUUUAGCUGAUAGUUUUCAGAUUUCAAAUGUGAAUUCGUCAACACCAUCGCCAUCAUUUUAUCUUGUCUCUCCACAAUGGUUAUGGGCAUGUCAUUAUCAUUGGGAACAUAUCUCUGAAACAAAAUAUCCAUUAAAUCACGAUUUUCAUCCAAGUGAUUUUGAUCCUGAUAUUGAACCUAUUCCAGGUACAAUUAGAUAUGCUCGACGUAUGCGACGAUAUUAUAAUAACCGUGGAUUUAAUUAUCUUCAUACUGAUCAUCAUCAUCGUCAACGUCGACAUCGUCAUCAUCAUCACCACCAUCAUCAUCAUCGUCAUUCACAUCAUGAUCAUCAUCUACAAAAUAAACAUAGUCAUAAACACCAUGUACAUCGACAUCAGCAUUCAGCUACAGAUCUUGAAUUGUCUUCUAAUAUAAACGCUGAAGUUAACCAAAAGGUGCCUUGUUUAGAUCCAAGUAUAGUUCGAUCAGCGUUGGAUUCAAUUCGCACAGAGCGUGAAAAUGAUCGUAAACGCAAGUUGGAAAGAAAGUCAACCAAAAACAAGAAACACCAUAAACGUCAUCGUAAGGAAGAAUUAUCAUUUCGGCACACUUCAGAGGAGACUACAUCACUGGCUGAUAAAAUAGAUUCGACGCGUUCUGCAAACAAUGACCAAGAAGAAGAGGUAUCUGAAAAUGAGAGUUCUUCAUCCUCUUCAUCUCCAUCAUUAAAAUCAGAUUCUUCUGUCGAAUUAGAUAAUAAUAAUAAUAAUAAUAAUAAUCAUAAUAAUAAUAAUAAUAAUAAUAAUAAUAGUGGUAGUAGUUUUAAAAAGAUAACGUCCAAGCAACAACAAAAUUCACCAUUGAAACAAAUCAAAAUGAAUGAAAGUACUUCAGAAGAAAUUCCACUAACGGACUGUUCAUUUGAACCGUUGUCUUCCACUACUGAUUCGAAUGUCACCUGUCAAAAUGAUAUUUCAAACUGUUUUCUUUGCAGUGAGAACAAUUUUCAUCAAGCUGAUGAAAUUAAAGACGAAGGUGAUCAAGAUUUCGAUGAGUGUACUACAGAGAAUUGUACUGAAUUAGAAGAGGAAGAAGCUGCAGAUGAAGGGGAAAAAUAUGGUGACUUGAUGCAACAAUACACAGAAGACAAUGAUGAAAUGGGACAAUCAGAUUUGAUGAAGAAGGGAACAAAUGAAGCAGAGCAAUUGAAGGCUCAACUCAACAACUAUUUGCCACCUCCAACAAGACUAGUGUUGGCUGAUAAUCCUUUAAUGCAUUUACCUCCAGAUGCAACUGGUCAAAUGCUCGCAGAAAUUGAAGAUGCUGUUCUUGAGGAGGAAACUGAACGAGCCUGUUCAUUGCCUAGAGAAGCUGAGAUUUAUGAUCCAGCUGUUGGCAGUUUUGAUGAUUCAUCGUCCAGUGAUGAUUCAUCAUUUGAUAACAAUCAGACUUCAAUUCUUGAUAAACAAUCUGUACAAUUGACGCAGAUGCAUAAAUCACACAGUUCAAAGUGUAGAACUACUCAACUAUCGAAAAAUCCUAUAGAUUCUGAUCGUAGAACACUAUACUGGCAGGUAAUUUGAACAUAUAUACAUGGGACGACAGUUCUUUUAUUUUUACAUUCUUUGUAUAUUUUGAUACUGGUGAUAAUUUACAUAAAUUCAUAGUACCCCACACAAUUUUUACGCGUUUUGGGUUAUUAUUACCAUUAUUGCUAUAAUAUAUUGCGAAUAUCCAAACCAUAGUUGUUGCGAGUUUCCUGGAAUUAUUAUGUAGUAAUUUUACUGUUAUUAUUAUUCAUUCGGUUAACUUACUUAUGUAUGUGUAGUUCAACUUAUAGGUGGUAGGCUUUUCAGUGUUAAUUACUCCGAUAAACUAUCUCAUGUCUGAAAUUCAUUUG